AUGAUCUCCUGGAGCUGUGUUUAUGUCUCCCUUCAGGUGUGUUAAUGUCUCCUCAGGUGUGUUUAAUGUCUCCUUCAUGUGUGUUUUAUGUCUCCUGAGGUGUGUUUAUGUCUCCUUCAGGUGUGUUAAUGUCUCCUCAGGUGUGUUAAUGUAUCCUCAGGUGUGUUUGUGUCUCCUCAGGUGUGUUAAUGUCUCCUCAGGUGUGUUAAUUCUCCUCGGGUGUGUUAAUGUCUCCUCAGGUGUGUUAGUGUCUCCUCAGGUGUGUUUGUGUCUCUCCAGGUGUGUUAAUGUCUCCUCAGGUGUGUUAAUGUCUCUUCAGCAGUGUGUUAAUGUCUCCUCAGGUGUGUUAGUGUCUCUCAGGUGUGUUAAAUGUCUCUUCAGGUGUGUUAAUGUCUCCUCAGGUGUGGUUUGUGUCCUCCUCAGGUGUGUUAAUGUCUCUCAAGGUGUGUUUGUGUCUCCUCAGGUAGUGGUUGGUGUCUCCUCAGGUGACCUUCUGUCUGUACACACACCCCCCCUCCCCCAGGUGGGACUUCCUGUCCCGUCUCGAUCCUUCAAGCGCGUAGAGUGUGAACGGACCGUCCUUUCCUCGUUCUACCUCCGCCGGAUGGCGGGACCUCUGCCGGUGGUGCUCUCGGAGGAGCAGCGUGGAGACGCUCUCAGCUUGGGAGGACGGGCCCUCGAGGCUUCCUCCCUGCGAGGCUCUGCUGAUACGCUCGCGCUCACGAACGCGCCGCCGCUGCAGUUCUCUGCUGCUGCAGCGGAGCGGGCGCCGCACCUCAAGCGUGGCCGUGCGCUACGAACACCCCCCCGCCUUGCACAUCCCUCGGCUCUGACUGCUGACGCCUCUGAGGACUGCAGCGAGAGGCGGCGACCUCUCUCCCUGGACGCCUGCAACCGGCUGCCUGCACUGCUGCCGGACCAGCAGGGAAGAGUGCGGUGCCAGCUGGCGGUAGGAACUGCUCUCGCUCCGACUGCCUGCCUCGCGCUGCUCGAGUCACGGUGCUGCCGCCCAGCAGGCCUGGAGCCGUGCUGCAGCGCCUCAGCAGCGCUCAGAGCGCACGCUCUGCCGAAGGCCCUCAGCAGCUCCAGGCAGGCGCAGCGCUGCAUGGACUUCCUGCUGGUCUUCCUCCCCCUCGCCCCCACCGAUCGGCUUACUUCAGCGCGUGACGAGCCGCAGCGCUGGCCACAAGCCUUCACUUCUGGGAAAACCGAAAGUCUUCAGGUGGCUGUCUGGCCUGGCUCCGCCCCCCUCUUGCUGCAGGCCCUGAGGUGUUUGGCCCGGUCCGGCCCCGGUCAGAUCAGCGCACUGCCUGUACUUCUUGCACAGCCACAGCUGGCAGUGGGUCAUCGUCACCAUGGAAUGGUGUGCUAUAGUUAA